AUGUCGCAAGCUGAAAAGCCUUGUCAUCUUUCUGUUCUUGUCAGCCAUGGUUGUAAUCUAGCAGCCUUACUGCGUAAGAAGAGACAACGUAGUGGGGGUUGGAUGAACGAGACUGCAACGACGACGGAUAUUGAUCCUGAGAAGAUUGUGGCUGACAUUACACACAUAUUGGAAGAGUUUAAAAAGGGCAAACAGUCCUUGGAAGACAAAGGUCUGUCUAAAGUGAUUCGAAGAAUUGGAGGCAUUUUUCGAGAACUCAUCAAGGAUGAGCCGAGCAGUAAGAAUUUUUAUGGGAAGCUUGUUGAGGAGAUUGACGAGGGGGUGAAUAAUCUUAUCAAAUCACCAAAGAAGACUUCUUCUUCUGUGAUUACUUCUCCGACUGCUUCUGCAUCAGUACGUGAUUCGUUUCAGUAUCAAGUUAAUCAAAGAGAAUAUGUAGAGCUUGAUUCUGAGGCUGCGUAUGAAAAUCUUGACAGAAGGGAACGUAUUUGUUUGUCUUUUUGCCACUCUUUUUUCUCCACAUUUGUCAACUCCGUGGAAAUAAAUAGGAGAGAGUUGAUACAUUGGUGGAUUGGGUUGGAGAUCAUAAGUGACCAUCUAGAAGGUGAGAAAGUUCUGCGAAAUCUUGUGGCCGAGGAGCUUCUAGUGCACCCAGUCAAUGAUAAAGGAAUAACGCUAUGCAAAAGGUACACUAUGCCCUACAAGUCGAAGAGCAUGCCUGAGAAUGAUUACAAUUACAUUGGAACACAAAAGGAACAUCUUUUUGUUUCCUCCACCCAGAAAAUAAUACCCCAAGGGAUCACAAAGCCAUAUGUUUACAAAUUAGUGUUCGUGGGAGCUAUUAAUACCACUGCGUACACCCUCAAUGCGAGGCUGUUUGACUGCCUCUUGAAGUUAAAGAAUGUCAGAUUGGUACACCUUGGUAGUUGGCACCAGGACAUGGAUUACAUUGUGGUGGAAGACAUGAUUAUUAAAAUGAGUGCUUUCAAGGAAUUGAAAGCUGUAAGAUUCCUAAGCCUGCAAGGGAUAUCAAGACUGCAAGAGCUGCCAACUUCAGUCUACAGCCUCACCAAUCUGUUGAUAUUGGAUCUGCGAGCUUGUCAAGACUUAAACAAGAUUCCUAAAGGAAUUGAGUUGUUGAAAUACCUCCAAAUCUUGGACUUAUCCCAGUGUUAUGAGCUUCAUUUCAUCCCAAGGGAGAUCGCGUUGCUGUCUGAGCUUAAAGUUCUCAAAGGGUUUGUGAUUGAUCAACUAGAUUCCUCUAAACUGGCAGCUUUUUUCAAAAAGAAGAAAAGUUCAUCAUCAUGUCCAUUUACUCAUUUAUCAACCCUGAAGAAACUUCAAAAGUUGAGUAUAAGGACUAGAUUAAUCAACUUUCCAUCGAGCAAAGAUGUGGAGACUCUAUACGAAAUGAAGGAGCUGUAUCAACUAAAAAUCACUUGGGUGCGCGGCAGCAGAUCAAAUUCAGAAACUCCUCUAAGUGAGGAUAAUCAAAUAAAACGAUUUCCAACAAACUUGAUAAAGCUAGUGCUGCAGGCUGCACCAGAGGCCAUAGCGUCAAGACUGUUGGGCCUAAUUGCUAACAGAAGCAAUAAUCGCCUCCAAAAGCUCUACGUCAGAGGUGGUGGAUUGUGGAAGUUAGAUCACCAAAGAUAUUGCUUCCCUAAUGUUAAGGUAAUACGAUUUAGAUAUUUGCCAAAACUGCAUAUGAAUUGGUAUCAAUUUAAACUGUCAUUUCCGAAGCUUACUCGACUAGAGAUCUUCAAUUGUCCACACCUUAUCUUUUUCCCUUCUGAUGAGAAUGGUGUAUGGGAGGAAGACUCAUAG